UAGAGUUUAAUUGUUAGGAAAAUUGUGAUGUGAUGAUCAAAAAAUUUGUUUUCUACGCAUUCAUGCCAGUAUUUUCUUUUUUUUGCUCAAAUGUUUUUUUAUAAACAAAAAGUGAUUAAUAUUUUUUAAACUGUCAAAGGAGAAACUAAAGUAUUUUCAAAUUCUGUGCAGAGGAAAAUAAUGUAAAUUGUUUUGAAAAAAAAUUAGGGUUGGUUAAAAAUGGAAAAUUCUAAACGAAAACGUGAGGAUGAGACGGAAAUUCCGGAAGAGAGACUUCUUAAAAAAUUCGAGGUUCUGGAAUCUCGAUUGAUGCAAUUAUGGGAAACUGAUUCGAAUAGAGAGUCUAUUGAGUCUAUAAAUGCUACUGGUUCAGAUGUUAUUUCUUUUGGAGACGAGCAACUAGAGCAAGAGUUGGACGACGAUGAAGAACAGUAUAACAAUAACCAGGACAGUAUUAUCGAGGAAAUUCCCCGAGAAAUUAUACCUGUUGAAGAAAUAGAUAUUUCGGAUGAUGAACUCUCGAAAAUUUGGGAAGACGCGAAGGAUAAUUCCAUAGACGAGGAUGUUGUGUUUCUCAAAGAAGAUACAAUAAAGGAAAAUGGUAUUUCCAUCCCUUGUUCGUCUUUUCAUCCCGAUAUCAGAGAGACUUGGACCGUUUGGACAAGGGCUGGAAUCCCGUGUAAGGAUCAGGAGGAAUUGCAAAAAAAAUACAUGCCACCGAAAUUUUUGCAAACACCGUUAGUGAAUCCAGAAAUUCUCGAGACUCUCCACAGGAGACCAAUUGAAAAAGAUGAAUUCGUUCGUUCCUCGCAGGAAAUGGUUGGUUCGGCUCUAACAGCAUUAGGCACUGUUAUGACUUCUCUUUUGUCCGAGGGUGAAUACGAUAAGUUAAAAGUGUUGAACAGUUUAAAUGACACGGCGAAGAUUCUCACUAGUUUAUUUCACCUGGACACGGACAAACGGAGAUCGAACAUCAUCUCCUGGAAACCGACGCCAGUGCAGAAAAUUUUGGUUUCCACGAAACCAGACGAGUUUCUAUUCGGUAAGAAUCUCAGUGGUAGAAUAAAAGCUGCGGAAGAUUCGGGAAAAAUUCACAAAUUAAGACCCUAUGUCUUCAAACGAAAUAACGAUCGUCCUUAUAGGUACUUUCCAAGUCCUUAUCAUUGGUUCGGAAGUAAUGACAAUGAAAAAAAUGACAUUGACUAUGUUAUGAAUCCAUUGAAAAAAGAAAAGAAAUGUAAAGUGGAAAAAGUUGAUAAAUCCAUGAAAUUGGAAGUUUGACUGAGUUUACUAUAUAUUAUGUUCGAGAGUUAUUUUUCUUUACGAUAAAAAGUUUUUUUUUUUUUGUUUUAUUUACUUAGAGAUGUAUUUGUUUUCGUAUGUACAUAUGUAUAGAAAGGGGAUCGAGAAAAUCGAAAGUUGAGAGGAACAACGUCUUUGAAAGACUCGAAAAGUUUCCUGUCAACUUAUAAUAAUAAAAAACACACUUUAGUUUAAUACAUAAAAA